UUUUAUGGCAAUAUCAGACGAUAGACAAAGGAUAAUGCCAUCAGAGGAGGACCGUGCAAGUGGUCAAACACUUGAUUUUAUAGAAGCUGUUAAAAUUACAAAUCCAUCCAACCCUAGACUCAAAAAUGAGGUUGAUGACAAGUACCAAUAUUCAGACGAGGUUAGAAAUAUUAAAGUUCAUGGGUGGAUAAGUGAUACUCCACACUUGGGGUUUUGGGUAAUUUCACCAAGUUAUGAAUAUUGUAAUGGUGGACCUAUGAAGCAAGAUCUUACCUCUCAUGUUGGUCCAACAUCUAUGGCUAUAUUUUUCAGUGGGCAUUAUGCAGGGCCACAAUUGGGAGUUUCAUUAACAAAUGGAGAGGCAUGGACUAAAGUUUUUGGGCCUGUAUUUUUCUAUGUUAAUUCAGAUUCUAGCAAUGAUCAUACCAUACUUUGGGAAGACGCUAAAAGACAGAUGAAUGAAGAAACAAAAAAAUGGCCCUAUGAUUUUCCUGCAUCAGUAGAUUAUCUCCAUGCAAAUCAACGUGGCUCAGUUAGUGGUCAAUUAAUGGUUCAUGACUGGUACAUAAACAAAGUUGCUUUUCCUGCAUUAAAUGCAUAUAUUGGACUUGCAAAACCUGGAGUUGCUGGAUCUUGGCAAACUGAGACCAAGGAUUAUCAAUUUUGGACUCAAACUGAUAAUUCUGGUAACUUCAAGAUAAAUAAUGUUAGACCUGGAAUUUAUGGAUUAUAUUCUUGGGUUCCUGGAGUUAUGGGAGAUUACAAGUUCUCUUCUAAUGUGAUCGUCACACAAGGAAAGGACACAAAAUUAGGUCAAAUAGUUUUUGAAGCUCCAAGAAAUGGUCCACCAUUAUGGGAAAUUGGAUUUGCAGAUAGAACUGCUAAUGAAUUUUUUAUACCUGAUCCAUUGCCUGGUCUUCAAAAUUAUUUGUACAUUAACACUACUGUACAUAAGUUUAGACAAUAUGGUUUAUGGGAUCGUUACACUGAUUUAUAUCCUAAUGGAGAUUUAGUGUAUAAAGUUGGUGUUAGUGAUUUUCGAAAAGAUUGGUUCUUUGCCCAUGUAAACAGGAGAAAUAAGGACAGGAGUUUUUCACCAACAACAUGGCAAAUUGUAUUUGAUGUUAAAAUAGUGGAUUCUAGUGGCACUUAUCAUCUUCAUAUAGCUUUGGCUUCUGCAUCUUAUGCCCAUUUGCUAGUGUGGAUAAAUAAUCCAUCAAUACCAAGGCCAUGGUUUGAUAGUUCACCAAUUGGGAUGAGUAAUGCAAUAGCAAGACAUGGAAUUCAUGGAUUAUAUAUGAUUUUCAAUAUUGAAUUUCCAGGGACUCAGCUUCAUAUUGGUGAAAAUAUAAUAUAUUUGAAGCAGACAUCAGCUUAUGGCCCUUUUAAUGGACUCAUGUAUGAUUAUAUUUGUCUUGAAGGCCCUUCGACACGAUAGGAAAAAGGGGGAUUAUGCACAAUCAUUUUUUAUUUA